AUGCCUCCUUCUCCCAGGGGCUCCCACCGCUCCUCGCAGAGAGUGUCGACGGUCCGCGAAGGCGCGGUGUACCGUCCGACGAAGCGUCUCAAGUCGCAGUACCCUAUGCACUCGACUGAACCCCACGUGGAAUAUAUACUUGUCGCCUCAUUUGACAUAGACCGUGGUCCAAUUAUGGAACAUCAGUACCCCGGUGCAAUCAGUCCGGACGAGAACAUGUUAGCUGAAUUGAUGCUUCCCGAUCAGACUCACGUUCGGCAACAAGACUGGACAAUGUUCUUCCUGCACAAAGACACAGGGUCCAGUGAAGAGGAGGCAGCGGAAAAAGAGGCCAGGGUCAAGCGGCGGACGGCGAGAAGACAUGCGAGAGAGGCGGCCCAAGCAGCCAACCUCAAGGGUGAAGAAUUCGAAGACGAGACGAGCAGCGACGAAAGCGAUGCUGCGGGCUCCGACAGCCCUCCGUUGAUGUACGUGUUAAAUCUGGUCAACACAAAGCAAGACAGCAGUGUCAAGAGAGGAGCAGUGGUCAAGGCCAUGGCCAUCUGUACCAGGCACUCAUUUCUACAUAUCUACAAACCGCUGCUGCUGCUCGCCCUGGAAGAUUAUUUCAAGGCGCCUACACCUGACACGCUAGAGAAUCUAUACAUCGCGCUGAACGCCAUGGACUUGUCAUUAAUGCCACGCCUUUCGCUGCCCGAGCGGCAUAUCCUGCAGGCCAGUGAUGCAAAAGACCUGUUCGUUGAGAAGUUUGAACAGAUGAUUGCGCAACGGUUGGCUGAUGAAGCCUUGUUCAAGUCUCCGCAAGCGCCAGACUCGCCUUCAAGAUCUGAACCCAAAUACAGUGUUCCCCGAGACACGCACGAAUUCGAGUCCAAGAUCGUCUACAACGGAAUAGCCAUCCCGGUGAAGAUACCCACCGCACUGUCCCCGGAAACUGUGGGUGACUUCUCUCUGAUCAAGCUGGUGCAGGUCUUUGGCAAUCCGCACAUUUCACAGCCUCAACCAUUCGCCUUACAUCCUCAUCUCACAACAUCCGGGGCCUUCACACACCCGAUCAUUGUCCUCAUCAAUGCCAUGCUGACACAGAAAAGAGUCAUUUUCCUCGGCCAUAAUCGACCUUCUGGAGAGGUUGCUGAGGCGGUGCUUGCCGCUUGCGCCUUAGCAUCAGGAGGCGUGCUGCGUGGGUUCACCCGCCACGCAUUCCCCUACACCGAUCUGACCAAGAUUGACGAACUGUUGAAGGUUCCCGGGUUCAUUGCUGGGGUCACCAAUCCGGCCUUUUCAUACCAUCCUGAAUGGUGGGACGUGUUGUGCGAUCUCCCGUCGGGAAGGAUCAAAAUCUCUUCCUGCAUCGAGGCCGCCCCGGUGACCGAAGGCACCACAUAUUUCCAGCAGUAUGGCCACAUACUGGGCCAAAAAGAUUCGGGCUCUGGCGAUGCGACGGGAGACGUGCACUUCAUGGAGGACAUCACUCGAAGCAUAGCAUCACGCCACGGAGAGGCCAUUAUUCGAGCCAAAUUCCGGGCAUACAUCACGAAAUUUACCCGCAUUGCUGCAGCCUUUGAAGAGAUGGUCUAUGGGGCUAGCAAUCUCACCGUGCUUCCUCCGACCGAGGUGGACAAGGUCGAGCCGCCUUCGGCCUCUACGGCGGCGCCCCGGCCCAUGUCGAUGAAGACCUCGAGCCAAAACCUGAAGGGACACGGAUAUGUCUGGCCCAGCGAGGAAGCGAAAAUCCGUGAGCUUGCAGCCUCCGCGGCCCGCAUCGAGGGAUGGAGGAACACAAGGUCUUACUAUUCCUUUAUUUCCGAUCUUGCAGCCCAUUCGCAGGAUACUGCAUCUCCCAUUUCGCCUGUCAGCAUGACAAACAUGCUCGCGCAGGCCCCGACUAAGCCCUACGUGGAUUUGUACCACUCCUUGUCCAAACUCCGCACUCUGCGACUAACUCCUACGGAAGCGGGGGCCAUCUAUCUUGCUCUGGAAGCAUACUGUACAGACUACCGCAGCAUUCUUGAACUGCUGGAACUGGCUCCAAUGUCCGAAGCUGGUCUUUUCUACGUCAGCUUGGGUCUCUGGCACGAAGAUUAUAGAGUUCGCGAGGCGGUCACGAGUCUUUUGGACCGGGUCCGAAAGCAUCCUGCUGGACGAGUGUUUUUCAGUCGGCUAGGAGGCUGGGUCCAAUUGGGAUUUAACAGAUGCUUGCAGGAGAAGGAAGCCAGACGGCGUGGUCAGCAACAAGAGGCGGAUGACAUGUUAGGUUCUCUGAGUCUAGGGGAGGAUAUCCGCCGCAGCUGA